AUGUCACUUUGUGUGGGUGGCAGUAAAUGCCGCCUUAGCAACAGCACAUCUGAAGUUUUCCUUACUGUUGUUUUUGCCAAUAUUUUCUUGCCGCUCGAUUGCUUGCCGGCUGUAAAUGGUAUUGGCAAUGGUAAUGAUUAUGAUAAUGACAAUUGUAAUUAUCAUAGUACUGAGAAUACGAAAGACAUUACUAGCACAUAUGAUAAUGGAAAUGGUAAUGGUAAUCAUAUUAGUAGUGUUAAUGGUAUUAAUAUUGACAAUAGUAUUGACAUUGUUGGUAAUGGUAUUGGCAUUGCCAAUGAUAAUGCUAUUGGAAAUGGUAUCAGCAAGGAUAAUGGUAAUAGAAAUUGUAAUUGUAAUAGUCAUGGUAGUACAAAAGAUGUUAGGAUUAGAAAUAAUUAUGGUAUUGGGGAUGGCAACACGAAUGUUAAUGGCAAUGGAAUUGAGGCUGAUAAUGCAAAUGGUAAUGUUAAUUGGAACUCUAGUACUAAUGUCAAUGGUAUUGGUAAUGGUAUUGGCAUUGUUUGCGCAACAAUGCUAUCGAUACCAUGGUAA